UAUGUUGCUAUUUUCUGCUCUGGUGCUUUCAUAUUUAUCGCUAGUCUUUGGAAUUCCCGCAACGAAAUCGGCCGUAUUCGAUCUCAGACGUGGUUUUGUGUCACCUUUCUUUCCACGGCCUUUCCUAGGACCUUCUUUUACAAAGACAGAAGACACUUACAGAGGUUCCUUAAAAUCUUUCGACGGAAAAACAUCAGUUAGAAUCUUGGGCAAUGCUGGGGGCCGACUACCUUAUGACAUCUUCGGAGCCGCGGAGGGUGGAGUCAGGGUGGAUUUCUGGGGGAAGAUCGUCAGCUCCUUGAAGCCCUACUUAGCUCCAUUUCGGCUCGUGACAUCCAAGUCCACGGGGAAUGCUUCUUCCUAUGCAUGGUCGUCAUCAAGAGACACGUGAUUGAGCAAUGUGCGAGUGAAAGAAUGUUCUCUUGCCGAAGCAAUCUGGUUAACUAGAAUAUUCACUUUUGAAGGACAAGAAUGAUUCAAGAACUUGGACGGAUGAAAAUUUUUGUUUAAGUACCGGCUCCUAGAACAUAGUUGGGGCAAAGUUCACUUGGCAGCGGAUGCAAUUCUGUGAUCAGACUCUUCAUGUCAUUCACAAUGCUACCACGUCAUCUUUGAUCCAACUAUAACUUACAAUAUAUGCAUGAAAUGAAACAUCUCUCUCAUUACUAGUUUUUCUUUCAAAUGAAGUGCUGAACUACAAGCUUAUGUACCGUAUUACCCCGCAUUAACCGGCAUGCCAGAA